AUGUUGUUCAAUAAAGUUCGGAGGAGAAAAAAGAUCCUUACCUGACUGACUCGAGUCGAGACUAACCAGUCUCCUAAUCCUGCGAUCCGGACUCUGACAGCUCCAGCUCUUCGUACUGCUCCUCUGGCUGUUCCGUUUUGGCACAUUGGAAAAAUUUAGUAUUUCGUGCCUUUGUAAAAUUUCUCGUCAUUAUUUGAGGCUGUCCAACAAAGUGAGGUUCUCUUCAGCCUCCGGCUCACUUAUUAACCGGUUCUCGAACCCUGAGCCCGUUAGCCUGUGAGCCCGUCUGUCCGGUCCGGCUUCCCUUUGUCUCUACAUCCACACAGCCGCUGGUUUCUCUCUGGGUUAGCUGACACCUCGCUGUCUUAUUUUAUUUUUUGUCGCCGGACUGAAGCUCAGCACACCAAGAUAGGCGGCUUGGGAACCAAGAUGUCGAACCGAGUGGUGUGCAGAGAAGCGAGUCACGCCGGGAGCUGGUACUCUGCUUCGGGUAACUGUCACCAGAACCCCGGCUGGGUUAGCGCGCCGUGUGCUAACAGGCUCGUGUUUUUAUGUGGUGUUUGUUCGCUUUACUUGUUUAGUUUGUUCUUUUUUGGCUGAUAUGUGUAGUUUUUAAUCAUCUUCAGAGGCUGUCACUGCAGACCGUACAGGCUAACUCGAACACAGCUGAUGAGGAGCCGCUAAGCUAGCAUGUAGCUUCAUCUUUGUGGUGUUAGCUCGGUUUGGACUCAUCCAGCACUUUUUCCUCUCAGAUUGUGGAUGGAAAUACUUUAAAAUUCACUGACAUUUUCUCCUCGGUUUGUAUGUUUUAUUCCCCUCAUAAGCAGCCAAAGAUAUCUCCUUAACAUAAGCUAGCAUAGCUGAAAUAGCUGAACUCAGUGGCCUAGCUGUUAUCUAACUAGAUAAGACAUUUCUAAAUUUAAUCUGUUCCCAAUAAUUUGACUUGAACUGCGUCUGUUUUGGUCUCUGACCCUGUCUGCCUUGUUUUCAGAGCAGAAAUCCUCCCCUCCCUGAAACAAAGGACUGGGUAGGGCAGGGCAGAAAACUGAAGCUUCAUGUUGCACCCCUUCCCCCAUUUCUCCAGCUAGCUGCCAGUUUGUUUUUAUGAAGCCUGCCUGUUUAUCCUCUCUUCACUGUUUAUUCCAGCAGCUUUAUAUCCGUGAAACACCACAGAAGCAAUAAUGACGAUUAGAUUAAAUAGAAACUAAAUGUGCAUGGACUGUUCCUGAAGGCUGAGGUGUUGUACAUUUGGUCUAAUCUCGAUCACCUCGUAGCCUAUGUUUUCUCCACAUUUGACACCGUUUUCAGUUGAUCUUGUAAGUAGUUGAUUGAAUGGCUGAUUUGUUGUAUUGAUGUGAUGCAUGAUUAACAUGUACAGCCCCCCAAAAAGAUUGCAAGUCAUGUUUACUGAUCCAAAAGGAGACCAUAAGCCAAUUUAGACGCAUGAAUUAUUCAUCUUUAGGAAUAAAACAUCUUUAAAACUUAAAAAAUAUGCAAGCUUUUCAGAAUCAAAUAAUGGAUCCUAUCCUUUUCCCGAAGAUGGUUCAGUCUUAGAGGUUCAGAGUGCAGAAAUAGGAAUAUUUAUCUGUAUCUAACAUCAAAAUUCAACAUUGAAACACUCUAUUCCUGACCCUGUCUUUUGAUAAAGCUAGAGUGGUCUUUGAGUUAAACAAUGAGGUUGAUCCAUGUUCAGUUUUUACAACCACUCUCCUCUAAUUUGUCUUCCAGCAGAUGUUUUUCAGCCACUCACCUUUACAAAAAAGCAGAUAUGUGGAGUUUGUCUGUUCGUUGAUGCUGUAGAAACACGAUGGUGCAGAAUAGAGACUCAUUCCUAUGUUGAUACAAAAGAGUCAUUUUAAAUUAAUGAGGAAAAAGAUUUUUUUAUGUUCUGUUGAUUUUACACUAAUUUAAACACGCUGUGGCUGUUAUAUCCUGUUUCUAAUAUUCAGAUACUUUCCACACAUUGUGUCUUUACUGGGUUUGAUACAGUCAUAGUUUUGGUUAAGAUAGUCUUCCCUGUCUUUGAAUCUAGCUCACAUUUUUCAGUCAGGGUCAUGUCACAAUGCAACUUACUUUCCAACCAUGUUUUGAUAAAAACCAGAACUUAAAACCUUUAUUGACACUUUCCCCUGGAUAUCAAGUCAAAGAUUUUACAUGACUAUCAAAGAGAUCAGUUAUAGACCAAUUAUGUUUACAGCAAUACAACCCUUUUUACUUUUCCUCGCCGAAGAGACAGGAUGGGGAAUCAAUCCUACUAGAGACCAUGUGUUCUGUACAUGAGGAGCCAACUGAGCCAAACUGGUUCCCUAACACAACAUUUUCCCUUUAAAUUUGACUGCAAUAAGCAAUUUUAACUAAAGCUUAUUCCUAUAGUUCAGACUUGGGUCAUAAAGGUGUCAGGUUUGAUUUAGUAUGACAGCUCGGCUGAGUGUUAAAACCAGAAAGUCAAGCACAUCAGAACUGGCAACGUGUGGAAGCUCAUUCUCCUUUAUUGCCGUUUUCACCUUAAGUAACAUCAUCACUGCUGCGACAGUUCACACUUAAGCUCCUGGAGAUGAUUACACUGAUAUAUUUCUAUGAGAAACACCUGAUCCUGGUGUGAAAGUUUAAAGCCUUGUGUCUGUCGCCUCGGAUUCAUUUGAUCUGAGAGUUAAUAUCUUCAGAGACAUAUCGUUCUUAGCUUAGUUUGUAAUAAGUGUUUCUGUGUUUUUUGUUGCUGAAGGAGGCAGAAAUCAAGCCGGUUGGAGACGCCUCUUAAACUCAGUGAUCUGAAGUCUAAAAAUGUUGUAAUAAUGCUUUUAAUUUUAAUUUCCUUUUCAGGAUCCCAGCUGAAUGCACAACUAGAGGGCUGGCUGUCCAAAGCAGAGUCCUCGAUUAGACCUGCUAGAGCCAUCAUAGCACCGUAAGAGCGUUUACAAGAAGCAGAAAGUAUUCAGACGUGUCAGGAGGUAUCUGUGGUUUGACGUGUUUUUGAUUGCAGGCACGCUGGCUAUACCUACUGUGGUGCUUGUGCAGCACAUGCCUACAAGCAGGUUGAUCCCUCUGUCACGUAAGUAGUGCACUCUUCUGUCUCUGAUCCUCACUAAAGAAAAGCUCUGUUGUUUCUUUUGUUACGCUCAGAUCAGAUAGUGGGUUGUGUUGCUGGUAAAGUCCUGUUCUCUUCAGUCGUAGGGUGUUCAUCCUGGGACCCUCACACCAUGUGCCCCUCUCCCGCUGUGCCCUGUCACCUGCAGACGUCUAUAGAACACCUCUCUAUGACCUGAGAAUCGACCAGAAGGGUAUAUAUAUAUGUUUUCAGCUCCACAGUUUCUACGCCUUCUCUGUGGUUUCUGCACAAUCUUAGACAUGAACAGAUGCCAGGUGCUGAUAUGGGGAGGUAUUUCAGAAGAUGUUUUUGUAGGAUGUGGAGCCAACAACCAAGUGAGACAAACACUUAAAAAAAAAAAAGUUUCUGGAUCAUUAAAAAGUAGAAAACAACAAGCAAAGUGUUUGGCUCUACACUUUCUUUUUUGAGUCUGGCCUGAUGAGCUCUCUAACAUGCAAACCUCUCAGGAGUUUUUUGUAAAUGAUGCACUUAAAGUCAUCCUCCAGGGACCAGACUCUUUGUGAAAAGGCUCUCUCGCUGAUGAGGUUUUGCUCAGGUAGACACUUAAUCAGGAUUCACAGCGUAAACUCCGAGUCUUACUUAAUUAGUCGACACGAUCACAGUGAGGUGUACAAAUUAAAUUGAGUCUCGCCUUUUUUCUCUUUUUUUUUCAGUUUACGCUGACCUCUGGAAAACUGGGUUGUUCGAGCGGAUGAGUAUUCAGACAGAUGAAGAUGAGCACAGUAUUGAAAUGCACUUGCCUUACACUGCUAAAGCCAUGGAGAGGUAAGGAACGCCGCGAGUAUUUCAUGAUUUUUCUUCAACAUUAUUGAACAUAAAAACACUCUUUAGUAUUUGGAGGUAGAGUCUGUUUAAAGCAUUUCUUUUUAUCUGCUGUACAUUGUUGUUUUUACAUCCAGUGUCAGUUCACUUCAGAGGUUGUGUUUAGUUUUUAGCCUAUAGCCUUGAACAGAUUGAGUGUGUACUGUGUCGCCCUGAGCUCAAACAUGCGUAUGUAAAGGUAGCUCACAUUUCGAGGUGUUGAUUACAUCCUUGGAGACCGUCAAACUUGAAUCAUUGACACUCUGAGGAACAUAUGAACAUAACAGGCUGAAAAAUAAACAUCACAUUUGUGCCAUUUUUAUCAUGUAUCCUCUGAUGUGAGUAGAUUAGGGCUGUGGUAAUUUAUUGAUUAUUCUGGUGAUUAAUUGAUAAAUCUAACAGGAAAUGUUGCACACUCUGCAGACGUUUUAUCAAGUGUUUUUUUUUUUGCUGUGACAUUAAAAGAUUGUUAAAAGAUCAUCUUAUCUACAUAAAUAAACUUUGAAGCUCCUAUGAGGAUUUUUUUUUAACCUAAUGAAAUAGACUGAAAUUUAAAUUGAUGCCUUUUUAUGACACACAGUAGCAACACUCAUGAUUUCUAUCAUGUAUUCUAAUGCCUGAAACUGUGGGAGGGGUAGGAGACAGUCAACCAGAAGUCAGCAGCAUGAGCUCUUUUGUGUUUGUGCAUAAAGAGGAAGUGGACGAGGUAAGUAAAGACUGCUUUGUCCACAGGGGGGCGCCAAAAUGUACACGAACAAGAAGAUCUUCACAGGAGCUUUAAAUUGAACAUUUCAUCUCGUAGUUAUAGAUAAAGACAGACAGACAGACAGACUUUAUUGAUCCCAAACUGGGAAAUUCACAUGUUAUAGCAGCAAAAAAAUACAAAAUAAAAUUAAAUAUAAGAAGUACAAUACAGACUAAAAAUACUAAGUAUAUACAAUAAAUACAGACUAAAUAUAAUAAACAUCCUAAGAGAAAAAAGUGAGAUAUGAAGAAUGUGGGCUAUUGAAAUGAGUAAUAAAUAUGAAAUGCGAAAUAUACAGAUGGGAUGAUAAAUAAACAGACAAAUUAAGGUGCUCAGUAAUGUGAUGUGGUAGGAGUUUUUAAAAAAUGGACUAUACAGCAGACAGAUGUGAGUCCCUGUCUGACAGAUGUGAGUUAUUAAAUAGAACAAUUGCUUGUGGCAGGAAAGAUUUCCUGUAUCUGUCCCUUCGACAGCGGAGCUGCAACAGUCUGUUGGAGAAGGAGCUCCGCUGUCUGUCCAGAGUGAGGUGGAGAGGGUGGUCAGGGUUAUCCAUGAUGGAUAACAGUUUGGUCAAUUUAGUUUUUGUUCAGUUAGUUUAAUAUCUCUUAAAUAGAGUAAUAAUCAUGUUUAGGUAGAUAAGGAAAACAGAGAGGGUCCAUGUUCAUAAUCUGUGUGUUAGCACUCUGGUCGCCUACGCUGGUACCUCUGUUAAGAUAGUCAAGAAACAGUGAGACACAAGUGCUGAGAAGCUGAAAAUUUUCCUCAAAGAAAAGAGCAAAAAAAUACUUCAUGUUCAUUUUACAAGGAUGAGAAUAAAUGUAGCUGAUAGUUAUUACAUCGAGAAUUUCAUUCACAUUGCGAAACAGUGAGCUGUGUAUUCACUCAGAUUUGAACUGAACCCAGAGGCUUUUUUUUAUCAUGAGUUCUUUUAGAUUUAUUCUAGGAACUGUUUCAGCCCAAGUGUGAAGUUAUGAUAGCAGAAUUUAAACUCAGGUGUAAUAUCAGUGAAUAUUUAACGACCUCUUUUAAGACUAUCAUUAUUAAAGUGAGUGUGGAACAUUUCAACAACCUCACGCUCUCCUUUCUUAAAGCGUCUCGUCUUCUCGGUUAAAAUCCCUCUUGUCGUUCUUCUUGAUGCCUCUGCUGUGUGUGAUAUUCUCCUCACUUAGUCCCAUCUGUUGAUGUGAAAAUUGUUCUUAAUGUUGGGGAGACAGCCAGCAGUGAUGCGAAAAAGCCUUUCCGUCAAAACCACAUUAAUGACCUUGCUUUGGAAACGUAGGGAGUCGAAAGUACGGACUAUCUGAGGAUAAGAAAGAGUAAAUACUCUGUAAAGUACUUCACAAGGAUGUGUUUCCUUCUUUUUUUCAUGUGUUUGCUCGAGAUUAAAGAAGUGAUUCACUCAUUAAAGGAAAGCGUCACAACAACUGCAGGCAGUAAAAAUCUCAAAUGGGAAGUUUUAAUAAUUAAUUAUCAAACAAGAAGGCAGUUAAAGAGCUUUAUUAGUUUUCUGUUGCGUCACUUCUAUAUUUACUGUGCACCAGAAUAACACCGAGACACACUGAAAGGCAGACAUGCAUAAUUAACACAGCCUUCUGUUAGCUUGGCAGGAGUCAGAGGCAUUGUCCUGGUCCAGAAAAUCAAGGAUCAGGUACUUCCAGCUAAGUGCACAGAGCACAUUUGUUCCUCACUUAUUAUCCACUGAAAGUAGCUGAAGGCUGAGCUCAGAGAACAUGAGGUGGAUCUGAUCAGGUGGAGUAGAUUGAGGGUUACCACAAGUAAGAAAACGUCUUUAUUUUGUGAUAUGAUAUUCGACGAAUAACGACAGUGAGGUGUUCAGCUGCUCACGCUUCGUCAAAACUCUGUUUCAGCCACAAAGACGAGUUUAGCAUCGUCCCUGUGUUGGUGGGAGCCCUGAGUGAGUCCAGGGAACAGGAGUAUGGAAAACUGCUCAGCAAGUACCUGGCAGACCCCUCCAACCUUUUCAUUAUUUCAUCUGACUUCUGCCACUGGGGUAGGUACCAACGAAGGUAAACACACCUAGUGUAGUCUGUAGUCUGGUUAAAAAAUCUGAGCUGAUGCUUCGAAGAGUGACGUCAGAUUUAACAGAUCAGUUCGGAGAGCUACGAUACGACCAUCUCAGAUCACACCCACAGGUUCUUUUCACACCAUCUAGACUGGAAAUCUCUGAAGGUCAAAUGUGACUUUAGAGUAAAACAAACACGAUCGACACUCAGGUGGUUGUCGAGUUAAACAUUUCCAGCUGCUCAGACACCUGAUACAUCCAUCGCUGUCGCAGCUUCUCCUCUUCUUCUCAGUUGGCGUGUGUUAUGAGUCACGCUGUAUAAACAAUCCUGUUUCUAGAAUCAGGGUCGGGUCCUGUUUCAAUUCCUUCGGUCCUGGUACCAAUCUGGGUCCCCUUAUCGAUUCAGACUCCUAUUUCUGAAUCCAGCGUAAAAACAUAAACAUUUAAACAGUUAAGAUCACCGUUAAUGAAGUCUUUAGGACUGUAUUCGGCUUUGUACCAACGUCUCUGUCUCUCUUGAAGGUCAACGGUUCCGUUACACAUACUACGAUGAAACUCAAGGGGAGAUCUACAGGUCUAUUGAACAUCUGGACAAAAUGGUGAGUCUGUUAACAUCCAUAUAUAUUCAGAUGUGCUCUCAGUCAGUCAGUGAACCAUGAAAAGGAAAGUUUGAGUUUCUAUGCUCGGCUGUUAAGGUGAUAAAGUCGAUAUUUAACAGACACAGUGAGCCAGACUUUAUGAAAACGAAAUGAUAUCUUUGUACCUGUCUUACUCUAGAAUAAAACUGUGAUACUGUGAGGGAAUGGUUUAGUUUUCUAAUCAGUUUUAUGUUUAUUGUUGUUUUUUUAAGGGGAUGGGCAUUAUAGAACAGCUGGAUCCGAUGUCUUUCACCAACUACUUGAAGAAGUAUCGCAACACCAUCUGUGGGCGUCACCCUAUUGGAGUGCUGCUACAUGUAAGUCCAGCGGAGUCUGCAAUUUUCCUCCUUUUUCUUUAUUCUUCUCCUCCUUUAUGAGGCCGCUAAGAAUUGUACUAAGAAUAAAUAAUAAACAUAAAUAGAUUACAAAAAACAAAACAAACAAAAAUAAUAAAUAAACAAAUAAUUAAUAAAUUCAUUAAUUGAUUAAUAAAAAACAAAAAAAACAAGAAAAAAAAAAAAAAAGUGUAGUUUAGUUGUGAGUUUUGUAUGGUUUGUGUUGUAGGAUUUGUUUGAUACUGUAAUGCAAUGUAUUUAUCAAUAACCCUUGUUUUGUAUAAUGUUUUGAAUAUGUUCAUAUAGUUUCAUAUAUAGAACAUAGAACACAUAUAGACUAAGUUCAUGUAGUCUUCACUCCAGAGAGACUUAACUUCUGAAAAAUGUCCCCAAUAAAUAAUUGUUUGAUGUUUUGUUUAAAAUUAGCGUAAUCUUUUUAAAAAGACCAACAGUUUCAACAUCUGAUGUGCUGUUUUUACCUUCAUGUGAAUUUUCUCCAUCCAGAAGUAAUAUUUAGAUUAACAAAGUUUUCAGUUCUCAUGAAUCUGUUUCUUUCACUUUUGAAUCUGAGUUUGUGUGUUUGAAACUUUGUCUCCUCCAUAUUUGACCCCAUCCAAAUAAAGAUGUGUGGAAAUAACAGGCCAGUGAGAAACGGCUUCAAAAAAAGACCUCAUUAGGCGCCUCCUUUCACCCUCAUAGGGAGACUUCGCUCCUGGGACUGACUGGAUGUCCCUCUUGUGUCUGUUUUGCAGGCUGUGGCCGAGCUGAGGAAAUCUGGAUUAGAAAUGAACUUCUCUUUCCUGAACUACGCCCAGUCCAGCGAGUGCAGGAACUGGCAGGACAGCUCUGUGAGUUACGCUGCAGGGGCGCUCAUCGUUCAUUGAGGUCGACCGCCGCAGGGGGCAAAGCAAUGCCGCUGCCCUGCCCUUACUAUCUAUCGCCAUAACCCGACCCAGACAACCCCCCGCCCCUCUCUCUCUCAGCCCACCCCGUGUAACGCCCACUAUUUGCAGGAAGGACCUAGACACUCGAAGCCAAUACAGUCUUCUUUCUCUGUCUCUCUCUCUCAGCUCUGCUCCGCCUUUCUCCACCCUCCUCUCAGUUUGAAGUGUGUCUCAGAGCGUCAGGUUUGAAACCUUUAGUUUGAAGUGCAGUUUUGAGAUUAUUCAGGAGGAGAUAGACAGACAGACGGAGCUCUUGUUAGAGGAAACGUUGGGAGGUGGAGCGCUUUGGGUAUUUUGCAAGGAUUGUAGUCGUCCUCCCUGAGUUUGUUUGUCCCGACGAGACGAUGGAUUCGAGUUGUUACAAUGCAGUCUUCACACUCGGACUCUUUGGUGUUCUGUGCUCGUGUAAUUUGCCUCAGAAAAGUAAUGAAGUAAAACUGCAGAUCUUAAAGGAGAAGAGUGAAACGCUGCCAGAUGAGAAUGAAGUGUUUUUGACCGACUGCUUCAAGCUUCAUGCGACUUAAACCCUUAAAAAAAACAAACAGUGUCAUCGCUCAACAUACUCUUAUGUUGUAGUUGCUAACAAAGGGCUGCAUACAGCAAAGUUCACUAACCCCUACUGUACAAACCAAAAACUUAAUUACUCUCAGUUAAUUAUUAAAUAUUAUCUUUUAUCCAUAUUUUAUCCCUGUUCUUCUUCUUUUUUUCAUAGUUUGAAUAGACGUGAAGUAUUUACUCGAGUAGUCUGUAGAUUUGAGCAAAAGCAGUGUUGUAAGUGAAGCUCCGAAGCCAUCGACAUGGUUUUAUCUGGAAAAUGAACAUGCGCAGCACUGACCCCAGAUUCUGAUCAUAUCUCUGUAGCAUUAAAGGGAGAAAUGUCAUAAUUUUCUCCAAACACACACUGACAGACACCUCUUCACCUUGGAACUCUGCAGUUACUAAACUCUCAGUCAGGAGACUGAAGCGAAGGUUUCUCUCUGGCUUGUUUUUUUUAUAGAUUUGUAGAAGUUGUCUCGUUACUCGCUCAGUUCUGUAAGGUCGGCGAAGCUGUUGGUGUAGCCUGAGAAGUCUCAGAUGGUCUGCUCAAAUUUGCAAGAGCUGUUAAAAGUUUCAGGUUUUUGUUCAGAAGACAAAAGUUUACAGGAAGAUCGAAGUCUUUCUUCUGGUCAGAGCUUUGAGUCUCGGUUUAGUUUGACACCUCUUUAAAGAAACUUUAUUCAGAGCUGUUUAUGCGCCGAUGAUGUUAAAGCAAAUUCACAUACAGACUGUUCUCCUCUGAUGUCACGCCCAGCGUCAGAAGCUCAGUUCAGCUCAGUCCGUGUUUGCAAAUCCCAUGGAUGAUCGGUUAGUUGCUUCUUGAUUGGUCAUAAACUAAAACUCAGAAUUUCCAAUAAGUUUGAAUGCAGUUAAUAGAUGGUUUGCAAUCCCUUUAUUCAUAUAAAGUAGUGCAAAGCUGAGAUAUUAAGUGUAGAAAGUGAAAAAUGUGAUUGUUUAAAGAAAACUGCAAACAGACUCUUUAAGGACUGAGGAGACCGGUCUACAUUAAUGACAACAAACCCCGAUCCCUGGUUUUUCCACGGUACAAUUUUAAUCUGCAUCCUCAGUCGGUGGUUUUUAGAAGUGAUUCUUGGCCAAUGCGAUGAUUUCCACUUCAGAGUUAUGUCUGUUUUUUGAAUGCAGUGCUGCCUCAGAGCCCAGAGAUUACAGCUGCUCAGUAAAGACUCUUUUGCACAGAGAUUUCUCCAGACUCCAGCGAUGUUGAAUCGCCGAACUAUCUGCCUCAUUAGCGGGGCGAUGUUCCUCCAGGUUUUGUAUUUUUUUUAAGCAGUACACAUAUUUGUUAGAGUUUCGUCCUCCAUGCCCCAACUUUUUUCAGCUUUUUCAUAAAAUGUAGGCUGUGAGUGAUUUGCAAACCAUCCAAAUCUCUCUUCAUCGACCUUUUAUGCAGUGUUAUGUACGGAAUAAGGAUUAAGCAACAAGCAUUGGAAAUCUGGAGGCACAGUGAGCAAGUAGAAAAACACAUUUGAAUAAAUAGGACAUAAAUUUAGAUUUGCAUAAAAGAGGUCAGGAAAGCCGACAUUUCUGGCUAAUUGCAGUGCUUUUAGUGCAGAAAGACAAACUGUUCUGCAGUCAGGAGGAAAUCUGAAUCCACCAGACCAAAAAUAAAAAGAACAGAAGGAGUCGAAGCAACAACGAGUUUUGUUUUCUCUUUGUUCUGCAGACUUCUGCGUCGUUGGAAAUAAGUUAUUAAAUACGUUAUUUUUGGUCCAACUUUGAAGUGGCGAAUAAUCACAGUUUGUCUUAUUCUCUGUGUUUGUGACCCUGGAGUUAUUACUCAGCCCAGUAUGAAAACACUCGAGCUUCCCACACUGAGCAUGACGCAUGGGAAACGGUCUGUUAUUAUAGAUCAGCACAAAGCCAAAACGAGUCUCUAUAAUGUAAAAACAAAACAACCUAAAGUGAGUGAUGGACGCAGGAGUAAGUGGAUCUGAACCGAUUUAAAAUGAUAUGAAUAUAAACUUUAUAAGAAGAAGAAUGAAAAGAAAAAAAUCCUUUUUGAAGUAGUUUAUUAGAAAGUCGUAUUAUUAGCUGUAGCGCUCCUUUAAUAUCUAAUAGAUAAACUGCAACAGAAACUUGAGGAUUGAAGAGGCGGUGAACGUUUACAGUGACCCGAUAAAAGACGACAGCUGCUGUCCUGACUGAUCAUUAAGCGCUGACUGACUCUUGCUGCUGAAGUUUAAGUAUUCCGGUGAAAACGAAGCAGUCCUCUAACAUCUCCUCCCCCCGGCACCAUAAGAAGCGUCACACUGAGCAUCAAGCUACAAGGCCUGGUUGAACAAAGUGGGCACAGACUGAUGAAGGGAAACCAGAAGAGCAUGACACACUGUGCUAUUGUGCCUUUUAUCACUGUUGCACAUCCACAUAUAGAGCCUAAUCUCACUUUAGUCUUAUUUUGACCUGUUCUCUCAGUUUUUGUUUAACCAUAUGAACCCCCCUCGCCCCUUGCCCAGUGCCCCAGUUAUGUCUCCGGCUCACCCAGCACUCCGGGAGUGUGCGACCUGUCCCCCUCCUCUCAUCUGUUGGUCUAAAAUGGCACCAACUGUUAUCUCCGUUCUCCAGCAGGGAGUGGUGUUCGGUUUUCUCCACCUCGCCUCAUUCCUGUAGAGAGACAAAAGGCUGAACCUCAACACUGUUCAUUAUUUUCUGUUAAUGGAUGUUUGUCUUUUAGAAAUGUUGUUUUUUUGUAUUUUUUUUUCUUGCUUAGAGAAUGGGAAAUUACACAUCACAAACCUAAAAAUAUACUACUUAACUACUCCCUAAAUGGAGUUUUUUUUAUCUCAGGUUCCACUGACAAAGCAUCCCAGAAGGCUCUUCAGUUAAGGCCGUGGAUUCAUGUUACAAAACAAGUAAACUGUUCUGAAAAGCACGUCUGCUCUG